AUGGAAAUUGAAAGUGAAGCCAAAACAGCAAUAUCUAAAAUUUCAUCUAAAUAUAAUUUUACUUGGGUUAUACCACAUUUUGAGCAAUUAAUCGAACGCACACCUAUAAAACAAUUUACUUUGUCAUUACCAUUCAAAACUCAAAGAGAACAUCCAUACCCCUUUCCACCGCUUAAAGAUGAAUCUACAGAUUAUGUUUGGAGACUUAGAUUAUAUCCAAAAGAUGGAGAUUCAAACAAUCAUAUAUCAGUUUAUUUAGAUGGAUUUCAAACAAGUUAUGAAAAAAGAAAUAAUAUAACAACCAGAAGAAGAAAAUAUAAUUUUGAAAUAUUUCAUUUAAAUCGAUCUGAUUGUUCUUUAAAAAAGUUAGGGAAUUUACUGGAUUUAACAAGCACAUGGGAUUUUAAUGGCACAAAAUGUUGGGGAACCAAAAAAGUUUUAGUUCAUGAUGAUGUUUUUCCUAGUAAAGAUUAUUCGAUUGAAGUCCAUCUUAUUAUAUGUGUUUGUAUAUUUAAUGAUCAAAAUACUAUAUUAAAUGAAUGUGAUGGAAGUAAUUGUAAAUCUUUACAAAAAUUCAGCAAAUUUUUUGGUAAUGAUAAAUUAUCAGACAUCACUUUUCAGUUGGAUUGUGGAUCAACUAUUAAGGCCAGCAGGAUUUUAUUAAUGUCACAGUCAACUUAUUUUGAAAAAUUAUUAUUAGGUGAAUGGAUUGAAAGUAUGAAUGAUGUUAUAUCAAUAAAGGAUAUUGAUUUAACAACCUUUAGAGCCAUAAUAUAUUAUUCUUAUAGUGGUAAACUAGAGACUGGAUUAAAUGUUGAGGCCCUAAAAGAUAUUUAUUUAAAAGCUGAUAUGUGGGACAUGAAAGAAUUUAAUGAUCUAUUUCUCAAAACGGAGUCUUUGAAAUAUGUUCAUGAAAAUUGGCAAGAUAUUAAACCAUCUCAAAAUAUGAAAGAUUUUUUAUUUGAGGCUGAAGUGGAUUGGGUAGAAGAAUUAAUGUUUGCAAGAUUUUUUGGUUUUGGUAAAAAAUAA